AUGAAUAUGGCUGACUUGAGCCCCCCGUUGCCGGGGAUUUGCGAAAAUUCCGAAGAAGCGCUCUUCUCCGAUCCAGUCGACUCACCUGUCGAGUGGGACAAUAUUGUUGUGGAUGGUCUUGAGGCCUACCGACAAUACGUCACGCCCUUGAACCAGGUCGGCUACGAGACAGAUUCUGAACGAGAUGCGCUGGUUGAUAUACAGCCCAAGGGGUUUUUCCUCCGACCACCCCCCUUGCCUCACGAGCUCGAUACCCACAUGACACCGGACGCACAACUAUUCCAGACGAUUCACAUGGGCGCCGCGGUGGUCGACCCCAACCAAUGGCGCCUCAUUGUUGACGGAAUGGUGCUCCAUCCGUUUAUGCUCAAUCUCCGCCAACUACAGAGCAUGCCACGAACGUCCAUCACGACAUUCCAUGAAUGCUAUGGUAGCCCGCUUCUCCCUCCGACGCGGGCUGUACGGAGGGUUGGAAACGUACGCUGGACUGGGGUACGCUUACGCACAUUGCUCCAGAUGGCACGGCCCCAGAGGUCUGCGUCAUACGUCUGGUCCGAAGGCCUAGAUGGUGGGAUCUUUGCCGAUGUCUGGGCAGAUCGGUAUCAAAAGGACCUUCCCUUGGAGAAGGCAAUUGCUCCUGAGGUGCUACUCGCAUUUGAGAUAAAUGGGGCUCCUUUAGACAAGGAGCGUGGGGGCCCAGUCCGCCUCGUAGUUCCGGGCUGGUACGGCACUAACUCCACCAAGUGGAUCAGUCAUAUCUCUCUCCAAGACAAGCGCGCAACCGGGCCGUACACCACCCUGUUCUACAACGAGAUUGAUCCGGCCGAUCCUGACGGUCAGCAGAGACGGCCGGUGUGGAAGGUGGAACCAAACUCGAUCAUUGUGCGUCCUCGUCCCGGCGCGACCUUCGCCAGUGGACACACUAUAACUGUCAUUGGUCGUGCCUGGGCGUGCGAGGAGAUAGUACAAGUGGAAAUCAGCACCGAUGGAGGGAAUUCUUGGUGCAACGCCCAGCUUACUCCGCGGAGGGAAUUCGAGUGGCAGCUGUUCCAGCAAAGAGUGGUCUUAAGUCGUGGCGGGUUAUAUACAAUCACUGCGCGAGCAACAGAUAAAUGUGGACAGCAGCAACCCUUAAGUAAUCGACGCAACCUUGUCUCUACGGUGAGCAUAAGCGUAGCCGAGGGAGACGAGGUAUAG